AUGGAGAAGGAGAUUAAUGAGGGGCGGGAGGAUGAGGAGGAGGAGGAGGAAGAGGAGGAGGAGGAGGAGGAGGAGGAAAAUGACGAGGAGGAGGAAAAUGACGAGGAAACUGAGGAAGAAAACGAGGAGAAAAAUAGGGAGGGGGAGGAGGAGGGGCAGGAGGAGGAGGGGGGGGGGGAGGAGGAGGAGGAGGAGGGGGAGGAGGAGGAGGAGGAGGAGGAGUGA